AUGGCGGCGCCCAUGGUUGCAAGAUUGUGUGAAACACCAGGCUGUAGUAAAGAUGCCAAAUUGCAAUGCCCAACAUGUAUUAAGCUUGGAAUUCCAGGAUCGUUCUUUUGUGCACAGGACUGCUUCAAGUUGUUUUGGUCUGAACACAAGAAAAUUCACAAAUUAGUCAAAGGGAAUGACAAGACGACAUCUGACCAGUAUAAUCCAUGGCCAGGCUUUAAAUACACAGGGCUAAUACGGGCAGCUAAAGUGACACCAAGAAGGACUGUUCCUGAUCACAUACCCAGGCCUGACUAUGCAGAUCAUCCAGAAGGUGUGCCUGUAUCAGAAAGACAGAUGCGAGGUACAACAAAUAUAAAAGUUUUGUCAGACGAAGAGCAAGAAGGACUAAGGAUAGCUUCUAAGCUUGGGCGGGAGGUGUUAGACAUAGGGGCAGCAGCUGUUGAAGUAGGGGUGACAACAGAGGAGAUUGACAGACUUGUCCAUGAGGCCUGCGUGGAUCGAGAAUGUUAUCCUUCACCCCUAAAUUAUUACGAAUUUCCAAAGUCCUGUUGUACGUCUGUAAAUGAAGUGAUAUGCCAUGGCAUCCCAGACAUGAGACCUCUGGAGGAUGGAGAUAUAGUGAAUAUUGACAUUACCACGUUCCAUCGAGGAUUCCAUGGAGAUUUGAAUGAAACUUUAUUUGUUGGAAAUGUUGAUGAAGGAAGUAAAUCUUUGGUGAAGACAACAUAUGAAUGUCUAAAAUUUGCUAUUGAUGAAGUGAAGCCUGGUGUACGCUAUAGAGAGAUGGGCAACAUAAUACAGAAACAUGCCCAGGCCCAUGGCUACUCUGUGGUGCGGAGCUACUGCGGUCAUGGCAUUCAUCAACUUUUCCACACUGCACCUAGUGUACCUCAUUAUGCCAAAAACAAAGCAAUUGGUGUGAUGAAACCAGGACAUUCAUUUACAAUAGAACCCAUGAUUUCUGAAGGAACCUGGAGAGAUGAAAUGUGGCCUGAUAAUUGGACAGCUGUUACUCAGGACGGGAAGCGGUCAGCCCAGUUUGAACAUACAUUACUGGUGACAGACACAGGCUGUGAGGUUCUCACACGACGCAGAGUUCAUGAUGGACGGCCACAUUUUAUUGAUAAAAUGUGAUGAGACUGCUAAUUUCUGAUGUGUUACAUAAAGUUAAACAUACACUUUGUCAUACAUGUCCUAUAGGUAUGAGUCACACAUAUCAUACAGGUAAAGGUCACACAUCAUACAGGUGUGGGCACAGUCAGUACCAGAUAUUUAUUUGGUCAAUAUUUAUACCUGAAACAGAAGGAGUGAUAAUCAACCAUUUAAUUUGCAGCUGAAAAUCUGUUAAAAUGUCUAUAUUUUACUUCAUUUCUUAUGUUAAUAGCUGUGGCUGGUAAUGUUUGUUUACAUGUUAAAAUGACCUUUGACUGCAGCAGAUUCUAACACUUUCCCUCUCGUUUUCUCUCUCCAGUACCUCCCAGAUUUUUUACCUCUAACCAAAACCAACUGUAAAUACAAUGGUGCUACACAGAAAAAUCUGAUGUAUCCACAGUAUUUCAGCUUGGAUAGUUUUCAGGAAGUUUAUCCACAGAAAUAGGUUCCUUACAAUGGCAGGUAGGAUUUCUUUAUUGUCAUACGUCUAUACAAUAUUCUAAACCUACUUUCCUUCAUGUGCCAUUUACAGUCGAGGAUUUCACAAUUCAAGCAAAACGGUGAAAAUUGAUUAUUGUGAAUCAAAACAUGUGAUGAAGGCUUAUUCUAAUAUUUGACAUCCGUUAUUUUAUAAUAAUGACUCGGUGAAGUUUAUCCUAAAUCUAAGUGUACAUUACCCACAGCUAUAAUACAUUUGGUAAAUCUAUUGUUAAAUUCUGUAUCAAGGACGCUUUAUUCCCUUGAGAUUUCAGUUCUGAGGAGUUUGUGUUUGGUUGAUGAUACACUCCGAGGAGAAUCUGUAGAAUGUUUGACUUCUAUGAAUGAAGCCACUCACACUGCUGUCCAAACAAAACACUAGACACCUUAAGAACUUGGAAGCUAUUAGACUUGUUUAUUCCUCUGGGUAUUACAUCACACGCUGUUAGUUAUGUGUCCUUCAGUAAUCUCACCUAUCAUGGCCAAAUUAGCAACUGGAUAUGGGGCUCACUAUAAAUAGGGUUUAAAUGAAGACCAUGCAAUUUAAAUUUUCAAUGAUGUCUCAGAAUUUUCAAAAGUAAAUUGCUACAAAUUUGUUUUAUUGCUUAAGACACAAAAGUUAUAAGCUGUGAAAGAAAGUUUGUUUGCUUAGUUCUGAAACAUGAAGUGAUCUGUAAAACAUUGGUUUUACUACACACCUCUAGAUACAAGGAUUUCGUGGAAAUGUGUUAUUAUUUUUUCAGCCCAAUUAUGAUUUUGAUUCCCCAUUUCAUAAGUUUAAAAUUGCAGUUAUAUCAAAUUUAAUUUAACUUUUUUAAUUUCCACCAAUAAAUAAAGAUGAAAUGAGAAGCUCACUUAACAUGAUUUUGUCUUUGAAAUUUCUGUUGACAGUCUGGCAUGUGUUCAAUUGCUGCAUUGUGACAUUUAACAACAAAAGUAUUGAAUUACCAGGUACUGGGAUUUUACUGAAUUAAUGAGUUAAAAUAAAGCUUGCUAUUAUUGAUA